UAUAUAUAUAUAUAUAUAUAUAUAUAUAUAUAUAUAUAUAUAUAUAUAUAUAACUGUCCCGUUUCCUUCCUGUGUGUAUGUAUUAUAAAGUGAGUGAUGCGAUGUGAUGUCAUUUUGUACCACUAAAAUCUAUUUUGUUUAUGCACAUAUAUUUGUAUUUGUCAUUUUGUGAACAUUUAAGCGCCUGUGUGUAUUGUGAGUGGACUGGUGGGUGGGGAGGUACACACUAGUAAGUGCUUCCCUGUGUGAGCAUGUGUGCGUCACGGGGAUCGGUUUUGUUCACAUCCAGAAUAUCGAUCACCGGUGUGUGUUUUCCUUUUUUCCCCUCACUUUUACCCUCUUUAUUACUCCCCCGCCCCUCCCUCUUGUUUCUACCAUGUAUGUUUGUAAGAAAGUGGUCAAACUAUGAUUUUUUCUAAUAAUGUAACAAUAUUAAUUAAUAGUAAUAAUAAUGGUAAUGUUAUUUGAAUAUUUCUGUCUUUUCUAUCGAUUAUUCAUACACCACCCAUGCGUGUACACGCAUAUACACACCUACGCACGCACACUCAUUAUUUUUGUAAACUCACGCAUUCACCACUUCUCAUUAUGAAUUCCUCCCGACCUGUUUGUCGACUUGUCAAGAGUUUUCGGGAAAACAUGAAAUCAACAAACACAACACAAUACAGGUCGACAGUCAUUCAGACACAGAGGAAUCUGUUUUUUUCAUUCAUUGUUCCACUUGUCCUUGUUGUCGUUGUUGUUGUUGUUGACCCGUUUGUCUUCAUGCAAUCAUUAAUCGAUUUGUCUUCUCCCCUCCCCGUCUUCUUCUGUCUGUUUGUGUCUAUAGAGGGGUCACUUUCGCCCCCCUCUCCCUCUCCAGAGAGAGUGAGAAGCUCAAAUUACUGUGAAUAUAUAUACAUACAUUAUUAAA